AUGGCCGUGGGACUUCCGACAAGCGCGAAAAGCCCUGUUCAGAACAGACUGCAGGUUUUGCAGGCGCAGAACCCUCAAUAUCAUGUCGUACUCUGGGCUUCUGAUGGAGGAUUUCUCAAGCUUAUGCCCGGGACGCGAUGGGUUCGCAAGGGUGUUGAACUUAUCCAGCUCAGUAACCUUUGGAACCUCACUACUGGCACACAUCAUUUCGAGUACUACAUUAUCAUUGAGGGGGGCUUUCAAUACCGUAACAAGAACAUGAAAGCAACCAAUUAUUGGGAUUACGUGGGCUCAACGGCCAGUUUUGACUUUGAGAAGCGGCAAUGUGUCAUGCAGCCCAAGUGA